AGUCAAGGGUGAGAGCAGAUUAGUUUUCUCUCCUUCAGAAAUGCUUAUCAGAACAAUCAGUAAGAGUGGUCUUCCAUAUCUGAUCUUUUUUUUUCAUAAAUGCACUCACACCCACUGAUACACGUAUGUGAGGGACAUGUGGGCCAUGGUGUAGACCCACCGGCUUUGUGUUAAAAGAAGUAGACACAGACAGGGGCUUGUGGGCUGAUCUCAUAAAGAGGUGAACAGGCAGCCUCUAACUUUUAAUCACACUUCACACCAAAGAGAAGCCACGAGUCAGAGAGGAGGGCGUUUAAUCAGCGCUGCGAGGCAGGUGAGACACUCUGGUCACACACAGACAAGACAAGUGUUUGAAGUGUGGAGAGCCGGCUGGUUCCAGUAAUGUGGAGCAUCCUUGGUGAUGUCAACGCUGGGUGACCCGACAAGGCUUCAGGAACUCUCAGAAGCUGUGAAGGUAAAGCUCCUGAUGACAGCAUGACUGAGAAGAGGCACUAACAUCUGAGUAACUCCACACACAGAAAGAGAACAGGUGCAUCUAGUGCAGUACCAACCCGAAAAGUCACACCUGGUGAAAAUGGAGUCCGCUUUCUCACAGGUGAUUUGGGAACCUGAGGGAGAAGCUGAAGAGAUCUCUCCGAGAGGUCUGGGAUUGCGUCGCAAACGGGAAUUUAUACCUGAUGACAAGAAAGAUGCGAGCUACUGGGAGAAACGCCGCAAGAACAAUGAAGCGGCAAAGCGCUCGCGAGAGAAACGAAGGGUCAGUGACUAUGUUAUGGAGACACGAUUGGUUUCGUUGAAUGAGGAAAACGCUCGUCUGCGAGCCGAGCUGUUGGCUCUGAAGCUUCGAUACGGUUUGCUUAACCCUGGGAUACCCUAUUCCCCAUCUCAAAGGGCUUUAUCUCAGCUUCACACUUUGGUGCCACAACCUUUGGUUUCUGGCCCAGACAAAGACCUCUACUGGAGUAGACAGCAAGACAGAGAGCCUUCCAAUCUAUCGGGGAACCAACAAGCACCCGUCUGUCUUGGCACCCACCCCGGGUCGGCAUUCCUGCCUACGCAUCCUAUGGCCAUACGAAGAAAUCACCCAUAUCACCUAGACUUUCCCAGUCUCCAUUCUUCUACAGCUGCACCUUUACCCUUUCCUCCAUGCCUCACCCCAGCAGCAGCAUCUUGGGCAGGACGGCCCCUGCUCCAGCCUCGGAAUCAGAGGAUCUUGUCGGACGAAGAGGGUGAGCAGCAGGUGCCAGCAGAUUCCAGCACUGCCCUGCCCCAUAAACUAAGACUGAAGACGCAAAACUCCCAGCGCAAAGAUAACAGAGCUAAAUCUGCGUCGCCAAAUCCAACAUACAUCUCAGACUGAAAUCAAGCUCUGGACUAAAAUAACUCCGUAGUUAUGAGUCAUCCUACUCAUUAUUGAUAAUCGAACAUUGGCUAUAUUCCAGGAAGUGUGUUGCAAACCAUCAUGAUAAAAAAAUAUAUAUACGUUUCUUUGAUCAAAAGGUCACACAUUCAGAUAAAGUUUCCACAAUACAUUUUAAAGAGUCAAUAUUUCCAUCAUUGAGGUGGAAGGUGGCAAACUUGAUUUGGGGUAAUGACGCACGUGUGUUUACAAAUUUUUUUUUAUCUUUCAUAUAGACAGGAACGUAGGGGGUGAAAGAAGGAGAACAAUAUUUUAGGAAUAGAAAUAGGAAUGGAAAAAGGAAUUGACCGAAGUUGGUCAUUCACUCUGCCAUAAUUUAUACAGACACUUCUCUAUAUUUCAGUCACUUCUUGCAUUUGUAAUGUAUAUUUAAAUGUAGGUAUUUAUAUUUAUGUAUUUGGCAGAUGCUUUUAUCCAAAGUGACUUUGCAUCCAAUGUAUACAUUUUAUCAUUCAUGCAUUCCCUGGAAAUUGAACCUCGGUGUUGCUAGACUCAUGAUCCGCCGUUCGAUCUAAAGAAAUGCCACCUUCUUGUUUACUUCAGAAUUUAACCUAUGUCUGAUUUAAUUGGGCCUCUAAUGUUAGACUGACAUUUACACAUUUGACAGAUGCUUUAAGCAACUUACAUCACAUUCAAAUUAUACAUUUUAUCAGUCCAUGUCUUCCCCAGGAUUCAAAUCCAUUACAAAUACAUUGAAUUACUGUUUUGAGCUACACAAAUUGUUCGUUUUGAUAUUUCAAAGCAGCAUUAAUUAAAAAUGGGGAAAAAAAUGAAAAAUAAUACAUUAUUUUAUGUAUUAUAAUUCAAAGCACAUUGUAAACUGAUACUGAUGGCAUCUCUCUGAAGUUUCUCUCAAAAUGUGAAUGUAUGUUUCUGAGAGGUCUAACAACCAAUCAGAUGCAUGCAAAUGAAACCAAAUGAAAUUUUAGGGAAAUUCACCAUGCCUCAGAGUCUGAAAGAAGCGGAUAAGAAGAUAAUUCUCAAAUCCUUUGAUCGGACUGGUGGAGGCUGCUUGUUAGUACUUUUAUGUGACUUCCAUUUUGAUAGUAAUGGGACUCAUUUGAACUUGGUUAUAAGAAUCUGAAGGGCGACUUGCAUUCAAUAAUUGUUUAAUAGACUUAGCAAUAGACAUCCUAAAUUCUUGCUAAAUGCUUGAAGACAAAUGUGUGCCUGUGUUAACAUGUUAGCAACAAUAACUGCUGACAAACCAUUAGCUGUGAUACAAAUUAAAUCUGAAACUGACUGUAUUUAAACUUGUGUUAUUGACUAACUCAAUUUCAUUUAGAUAUACAGUUUACAGAAUGUAAUUCACGUUUUGCUUACAUGCAAUUUCAGCUACACAGUUAUUUACUGAAAUACGUAUGUAUUGAAUUACAGACAAAAGCAGAAUUACCGAUUAGCUGAAAAUUAUUUACUUUAAGUCUUUCCUUUAUCAUCAAAUCUACGAUCCUUUUUUUUAAUGCAAUCAUAAUGGAUUGCUGGCAAAAAACAAACAAAGAAAAAAAUAAAAAGUGAUCAUGUAAUUUUACUUUUAUUUCUUUGUGUUUGCAUGUAUGCAUUUAGUACACACAUUUUUGCAAUGUACAUCCCAGGUACACUCUGUCAUUUAUUACUGAGCCUGUGAUCGUGAUGUUGCCAGGGUCAUAUGCUAACAGCUAAUCUACAUGAGAACUUAAAUUACAUGUAUAUAUAUAUAUAUAUAUAUAUAUAUAUAUAUAUAUAUAUAUAUAUAUAUAUAUAAUAACUGUCUUGUUUUAAAGAUUCACCUUUAUUACAAUCUUUUGUCUAGCCUUAUUAAGUUCUUCAGAUAAUUUUUUUUUUCAUUUUUACA